AUGUCUAUGGAUCUAGAUGAUGCCCCCGUGUCCAUCGGGGCCGUCGAGCACCAGACGGGCGCAACCAUCCUCUGCUGCAACUGCGGCGCACCGAUCGACGGAACGACCGCCGCUGGCGCCCUCUGCUACGACUGCGUCAAGCUCACCCACGACAUCUCCAAGGGCGUGCAGCGCGAGGCCGUCAUCAACUUCUGCCGCGACUGCAACCGGUGGCUGCUGCCGCCGUCCAGCUGGGUCGUCGCCCCGCCCGAGUCGCGCGAGCUGCUCGCCCUGUGCCUCAAGAAGCUGCGCGGCCUCACCAAGGUCCGCAUCGUCGACGCCAGCUUCGUCUGGACCGAGCCGCACUCGCGCCGCAUCAAGGUCAAGCUCACCAUCCAGGACGAGGUCCAAGCCGGCGUCCUGCUGCAGCAGAGCUUCGAGGUCCUCUACGUCGUCGCCACCCAGCAGUGCCCCGAGUGCGCUAAGUCGUACACGGCCAACGUCUGGCGCGCCUGCGUCCAGGUCCGCCAAAAGGUCCUCCACAAGCGCACUUUCCUCUUCCUCGAGCAGCUCAUCAUGAAGCACGGCGCGCACCGCGACACCCUCAACAUCAAGGAGGCCAAGGACGGCAUCGACUUCUUCUUCUCGCAAAAGAACCAGGCCGAGAAGUUCAUCGACUUUCUCAACUCGGUCGUCCCCGUGACGGUCAAGACGUCGCAGGAGCUCAUCUCGUUCGACACCCACACCUCGAAAACAUCAUACAAAUUCACAUACUCCGCCGAACUGGUGCCGAUAUGUAAAGAUGAUCUGGUCGCCAUGCCCAUCAAACUAGCUAAGCAGACUGGCAACAUUACGCCUCUGGUUCUGUGCCACAAGAUUGGCACGUCAAUCUACCUCAUGGACCCCCAGACCCUUCAGACCGCAGACAUUAGCUGCCCCAUCUACUGGCGCGCGCCAUUCACCUCGCUGGCCGACUCCCAACAGCUGGUGGAGUUUAUCGUCAUGGACGUUGAGCUGACUGGUAAGACGAACGGCAAGUGGCGUCUCGGAGAGGUCACCGUCGCGCGCGCCGUCGACCUCGGCGUCAACGACAACACCUACUUCACUAGAACACACCUCGGCGGUCUCCUGCAGGCCGGCGACAGCGUCAUGGGAUACAUGCUGACGGGCACCAACUUCAACAACUCCGAGUGGGAGGCGAUGGAGGAGUCGCACGUGUACUCGUCGAUGCUGCCCGACGUCGUGCUCGUCAAGAAGCACUACCCCAACCGCAGAAAGAACAAGAAGCGCAACUGGAAGCUCCGCCGCAUGGGCAAGGACGAGGGCGAGCUUCUGCCCAAGAAGGCCGACCAGGAGCGCAUGGACCGCGAGUACGAGCAGUUCCUGCGCGACGUCGAGGAGGACGAGGACCUGCGGGCCGCCAUGGCGCUGUACAAGAACGAGAAGAAGCGCGAGGAGGAGGAGAUGAGCAUGGCGGAGACGGAGGACGGCGAGGACGACUCGCCGCAAGUCGACAUGGGCGAAUUGCUGGAUGACUUUGAUGAGCUUACGAUGCAGGACUCAUAG